GCACGAACGAUCUACGCAUUCAGAAAGUCGUUUGUUGGCCGGUCUGGUUGGAGUAAGAUAACUGAUUUAGGAAGCCAUUAGAAGCACUUGCUGACAUUCUUUUGCUGCAAAGAUGCAGUAUAACAACGUUUUUCAUAACAAUUCAAUGUUUAGGUCCAGACACGACCGAGUUGACCAACAACAACAGUACAACAAGCAAUCGAAUUAUUGGUCCGGCCCUCCUCAGCACAGCAUGGCCCCCGUACAAGACUUUGGCGGUCCAAAGCAGUACAAGAAGAAGCAACUACAACAGAAAGAAGAGAAUAACAUCCAGCUGUCGCUGCCGUCCUGGCAGGACGCUGACUUAAAGCCUUUCCGAAAGGAUUUCUACGAACCCCAUCCCAACACCAAGAAUAGAAGCCAGCUGGAUAUCGACACUUACAGGAAGCAUAAUGACAUCAUAGUACGCGGCAACGACGUACCGUUCCCCAACUUCUGUUUCGAGGAAGGUAGCUUCCCCGAAUACGUCAUGCAGGUACUGUUGAAGCAGGGAUUUAACGAGCCUACGGCCAUCCAGUCUCAAGGCUGGCCUGUAGUGCUGUCUGGGAGAGAUCUGGUGGGGAUCGCCCAGACGGGUUCAGGGAAAACCCUAGCCUACAUGCUGCCUGCGACCGUCCACAUCAAUCACCAGCAGAGGCCGCAGAGGGGCGAAGGACCGAUCGCGCUCAUUCUUGCUCCAACCAGAGAACUGGCCCAACAAAUUCAGAAGGUCGCUCACGAUUUCGGAUCGACCACCAUGAUCCGCAACACGUGCAUCUUCGGGGGUUCCCCGAAGGGCCCCCAGGCGAGGGAUCUGGAACGCGGCGUUGAAAUCGUGAUAGCCACCCCCGGUAGGCUGAUCGACUUCCUGGAGAAGGGCACCACGAACCUACAGAGGUGCACGUACUUGGUUCUGGACGAGGCGGACCGUAUGCUCGAUAUGGGAUUCGAGCCACAGAUCAGGAAGAUCAUACAGCAGAUCAGGCCCGACAGGCAAGUUCUCAUGUGGUCCGCGACUUGGCCCAAGCAGGUGCAGGCGUUGGCGGAGGAGUUCCUCGUUGACUACGUUCAAGUCAAUGUUGGUGGGCUGUCCCUAUCUGCAAACCACAACAUCAAACAAAUCAUCGAAGUUUGCGAGGAGGCUGACAAAGAGGAGAAGCUAACGAAACUACUGAAAGAGAUCGGGUCCGACAGACAGAACAAAAUCAUAGUUUUCGUGGAGACGAAAAAGAAAGUCGACGACAUCACGAAGGUCAUAAAGCGAGACGGUUUCGCCGCCAUCUGCAUACACGGCGAUAAGUCGCAACCCGAGCGGGACUACGUCCUCUCGGAGUUCCGCAACGGAAAAUUUUCAAUUCUGGUAGCUACAGACGUGGCGGCCAGGGGCCUAGACGUCGAAGACGUCAAGUACGUCAUCAACUAUGACUACCCUAAUUCCAGCGAGGAUUAUGUCCACCGUAUCGGGCGUACCGGUAGGUGCCAACAAGCCGGGACGGCGUACGCGUUCUUCACUUCGAAUAACCAGAGGCAGGCCAAGGACCUGAUAGCCGUUCUAGAAGAAGCGGGCCAGACGGUCACACCUCAGUUGCAGGAACUCGCUCAGAGUGCCAGGUCCACCCAGAACAACCGGAACCGCUGGCACAACAACCGCAACAAGGACAACUCGUCGCCCAGCUCGCAGAAUUCCGGCGGGAAGAGCAAGACCUGGUCCAAUAACAAGACGUUCAAUAACAGCAACGAAUUCAGACCGAACGGCAUCAGAAAUAACAUUAACGGCAACAGGAACGAGGGGGUACAGAGGAAUCCAAGGAACAAUUAUUCCAACUCCGGUUUUACUUAUACGAAUUCGCAGUUCCAAAAUAACCAGGGGUAUCAGCAGUCGUACAGCCCCCCCAGCGUUUAUCAGCAGAUGCAGAGCGGGCAAGGACAUUCUUACGGCAACAACCCUCGCAGCUACAACAACCAACGGUACAACCGUCAAUCGUACCAGGGCCACUCCCAGGGCGGCAGCCCCAACAUGUACCACACGAUGCCCGCCCAUUACAUGAUGCAGACGCCCGGCACGGACGGCAUGCAGUCCAUCAUCAACCACAAGUUCUUCCAGAGCCGAGGCCUGCCCAGCACCACGAACCCGUGCGCCUACCAGUCCAUGGGCCAGGGCCAGGCGGCCGCCUACAACCAGUUCCCCGGGGCGGUGCAGUACGCCUACCAGUACACGCAGCCGCCCACCGCUGCGGUGCAGCAGUAAGUCUCCUCCGGGAGACGUUCCCCUCUGCCAGCACAUCGGACGGUAGUCAAAAAUUAAUAUUCCAGUACAAAAUUAGUCGUUGCGACGUGUCGGAACAAAUUUCUUUUUUUUUUUUGUCUCCUUUGGGCUGCUCCCGUCCCCGAUGUGGUGGUCCCCCCCCCUCCCAUAGGUGGUGGCUGCACUGCUUCGCUUGAUGUUAUAAAACCCUACCCGUUAAGGCUCUCCGAAGAUUCUAGGUGUUUGUUCGCUGCAGCGGCCCUUCUGCUCCCCCGGCAAAGCCGCCCGUCAGCGUCUAUGUUUAUAUCCCUUUAGUGUGUACUCUCUCUGUGUGAGUUGUUAGCGUAGUACCCAGUAACUAUCUGUAUGCUGUUGAAAUGCACGAAACAUAUAGAAGGGGAGUUUGGGCUUGUUUCGUUAUAGUAUUUUAUACAAUAUUGAUGCUGAGAUGUAUCGUACCGAAAUGUAGUUAAAUAAAGCAGUCAAAAAUUUAUAUUUCAAUGCGUCCGCGUGCCGACGGAAGGAUCUGACUGGGUUGGAAAUUGAUGGUAGUUUUCAGUUUUUUAUUUUAUUUUCCUUUUUUAUUUCGUUCAGGCGGUGGUCGCCGAAAUUCCGCGUUUGGUAGUUCUCGAUUCUUUGAAUUAUGGAUGUUUGACUGUACCGGGAAAUUAGCCAAGAGUGAGAGUUCAAUGAUUUCCGGUGUGUACGUGUCGUAUGCCCGUACCACGUUUUAUUUAUUGCGGAUCUUGACAUGACUGCUUGUGUCGUGUACAUAUGCGUAGUAUUAAGUAUUUAACUCGUUCGUCGUUUAGCGUGGUGCUGAAGAGCGCUUACGUCCAUCUGUGAUAUUUUAGCGAGUAAACGGUAGCAAAAGAAUAAUAAUAUAAACUUUUCCGAAUCGGGAGAAGCGCCAAUGAAGCGUUAAGGUUAAAGCAAUGUACUUUACAAAAAAGAAAUACAUUGACAGGAAUGUGAUAUUUUCUAUUAAGACUGAAAUAUCUAGAUAUAUUUUUUUUAUACUUGGCCGAAGAACCCGGUCAAAAUUAAACCUCAAAUAACUUAACAUUUUUAUGUCGUGUAUUGUUUUUUUUUUUUUUUUUAAUUAUAAAAAGAAAAGGUUGUUGAAGUGCGAUUCUCUGAAAUCGGACCGAGCGCGCGCAGAUAUUCGUUGUGCACAAAAAGUUAUUUCAUUAUUCUGUAAUGUUAUCAUCGCGCCAUUGCAUUGUAACGAUUGACGAUUUUACAUAAUAUUUAAUAUUUUUCAAUCAAUAUCUUCCUUUGAUUGUAAUCUCAAAGUACCCCUAGUAAUCGUAAGUCUCGACCAGAACUGUUUUGAAAUCAAAUGUGAUCCUCAAAGAAGCGCGAUUUUGGUCACGUUUAGUGUAUAGUGUUUUUCAUUGAAAAAAAAUUUAUAGUCACAUGGCGCCCACUUAUUAAAACUCUCUAAACGAUAAUGAUAGAAUUAUUUAUACUCUUCUGUAAGUUUCCAGCAAGUGCAUUUCUUGAAUGUAAUACAGUAUUAAUAUUAUAUAGUUGUAAUUUAAAUAUAUCUUUCAUUUUCUUAU